AAAGCCCAAAAGUCACAAAAAUCACCAUUUUCUUCCAAAUCGUCUCUAAACCUGUAAUUACACUAAAUAGACUCCAAAACAUAAUAAUUAUAUCUUAAAAAACUUAUAUACCAUGGCUGAAAGUGGGUAAAAUCCAUGGUAUAUCAGAAGGUUGGGAUUUACAGAUAUUGAGAGCUUCAACCUGAGAUUUGUUGGCCAAAAAAGCGUAGAAGCUUUUUCAGUAUUAUGAUAGUCUUCUGUUGAGAUUUCUAAAAUGUAGAUAUUUUGAGGAUCAAAAUUUCUUAGAAGCUAAUUUGAGAGCUAGAACUUCUUUUAGUUGGAGAAGUGUUAUGUUUGGGAGAGAGCUUCUAGUCAGAGGUUUAAGGAAAUAGGUUGGGAGUGGAGAAUCUCUAAGAUUUUGGACUGACUCUUGGUAUUAUUUUGGUGGUAGAAGAAAUCCUUGGAUGAAGCACCCAAUCAUUAAUUUUUAUUUAUGGUUAAUGAUCUCUUGGACCAUGAGUGAGGUGGUUGGAAUGUUCGUUACUUUUGGUUAAUGUCUUUCCCGGAGAUGUGGAAGCCAUUAAAAGAUUAAUCUUAUAGUAAAUCAUGAUGUUUUUGGUGUUGAAUUCAUAACCAAAGUAGGGAUUACUCUAUUAGAUGGGGUUAUUGGUUGGCAAGUCAGGAGAAUCUCAAGGAAGUCUUUCAAGAUGCAGGGAUGCGUAACCUUCAGUUAGUAUUCUCAAAGAGAAAGUUUGGCAAUCAAUCACAACUCUUAAGAUCAAGGCUUUCAUGUGGAGAAUUUUAUCUGAUGGUUUAUUGGUUGCAUCUUGUCUGGAAAACAGAGGAAUGAAAGUGGAUCACGGAUGAGGGUGUUGUGGUUUGGAAGGGAAGGGAAAUCAGAAAACCAUGUUUUGUUCACUUAGAAGAGUGGCUAGACAAGUUUGGGCUCUUUCUAAUUUUCUAUCUUCAGAAAAUGGUUUUCAUCAAAACUUGAUAUUUGUUAAUAUGUUCUUUCUAUUUCAAAUGGGAAAAACAUUGAAGUCCCCAGUGAAAUCAGAAUAAUAUAUCCCUGCAUUAUGUUGUUUCUAGGGAAAAGAAAAGGGAAAAUCGCUUUUUUAACCUCAAAGGUGUAAAAAGGUAGCACUUUAAACCUCCACGGUCGAAAACUCUCACUUCAAACCCUCAACCUAUUUAUGCUAACAUAAUAAACCUUCGACUUGGCCUCCGUCUUUUCGUCGUCGGAAUGAAUAACGGAACAGUAGACUCCGUUAACGGAACAGUAAACAGGCGUUUUAAUUAAAAAAACGUGUUAAAUGGCUGCUCUUCUUACGGUAUCUUUGGUUAAAAUUAAAAUGGUCCCAAAUUAAAAUCUCAAAUAAAAUCCCAAAAUCGAAUUGGGGAUCUAGGGUCCUUGACAGAAAAAUUAAAAGAGAGUUUUUUUUUUCAGAGAAAGAGAGCUCAACAAUCAAGGGGGAGGAAGAAGAAUCGAAAACAUUGAUUUGAGAAUCUUUUCUUCACAGUGAAGGGAAGAUGAUUAAUUUGAAUAUCCACUUCGGUGGAUUCAUGGAGAAAGUCGGUGAAGAUUAUGUAUACAAAGGAGAGUUGGGAGUGACAACAGUGCUUUGGGAAUUGUAUGACAUCUCAUGGAAUAAGGUUUUACAGUUCAGUAAGGAAGAAGCAAAAAUUAUGGCUCCGAUAAGAUUCAUCUGGUUCAAAGAGGCUGGGAAGGAGAUGAAGACAAUGAAUUAUGUGUAUGACGAAAAUCCUGAUGAUAUGUUUCUGGUGAUAUGUUUAGGGAAACAAGCUUCUGAACUUGAAAUAUUCAUUGAAUAUGAUAUUUCAGAACACAGUGAGCCUCCUGUCAUAAUUCCUCCUUUGCAAUGUGACGAGUAUUCAGACAGCGAUGGAGAAGUCGAGAGACCAAGGAAAGAAGAAGAAGCUGAAAAAUCUGAAGAUGAGUUGCAAGAGAAUGUGGAUGAAGAAGCUGAAGAACCGGUUUUAAAUGAGAAUGAGGCUGCUCAGGCUGAUAUUGGAACUGAUGUUGUUGAAGAAGUUGGAGAUGGUUCUAAAGAUGAUAGGUUUAGGUCUGUGUUUAAUGAAGGUUUGAUGGCCAAGCCUACAAAGGAAGCUUAUCAGAAUUUUGAAGAAAAAGAAACGGCAGAAAGAGAAGCAGCUGAAAGUGAUGAAGAAUGUUUGUUAGAGGAUGAAGCUGAUUAUCCAGAUACACCAAUUGGUUCUGAGGAAGAGUGGGAGCAAUGGGAUAAUCCAAAAGGGAGCAGGAAUGGGAAACCAAAGUUUCAUGGUGAUUUGGAGAAGCCGCCAUAUAUAUGGUUAUUCCAAAAGUUUAACUCGGGUCUAGAGUUCAAAGACCAGCUUCUGAGAUACUCUUUGAAGACACAAUACGAUGUGAAGAUGGCGAAGUCUGAGUCAAACAGGAUUGCAGUUGUUUGUUGCGGUGAGAAAUGUAAGUUUAGAGUAUACUGCUCGUUUGAACCACCAAUCAACAAGUGGAUGGUUAAAGUAUGCCAGAUGCGUCACAACCACGGGAAAUCAAGUAGAGUUUCGAUGUUGAAGCAAGGGGUCAUCGCAGGACUUUUUAGAGAAGAGAUACGAAGAAAUAUAAGCUUACAGGCAGCUGUGAUCAAAGACACGAUUAAAGAGAGAUACAACAUUGUUGUUCCGCUUUCUAAGUGUUACAGAGGAAGGCGCAUUGCUUUGGACUCCAUUUUAGAAGCGCAAAUAACUCAGUUUGGUAAGUUGUGGGACUAUGAAGCGGAAUUAAGGCGAACUCACAGCGGUAUUAACACUGAUCUUUGCACCAUCGAAAAGAAUGAUGAAAAUAUGUUUGAUUGUUUCUACAUCUGCUUUGAGGAAUUUCGUAAUACUUGGAAGAAGUGUUGCAGGCCUGUUAUUGGUCUGGAUGGAUGCUUUCUGAAGUGGGAGUUGACAGGUGAUUUGCUUGCAGCUGUUGGGAGAGAUGCGGACAACAGGAUGUAUCCGAUUGCAUGGGCAGUAGUAAGAGGUGAGAACAAGGACACUUGGGGUUGGUUUGUGAAGAAGUUGAAGAUAGAUCUGGAAAUAGGAAAUGGAGAAAACUUGACUAUCAUUUCAGAUAAGCAGAAAGGUCUCGUGAUUGCUAUUGCGGCUGAGCUUCCACAUGCUGAGCAUCGUAUGUGUGCGCGGCAUAUAUAUGCAAAUUGGCGAAAACAAGGAUACUCAAGGUCAGAAUACAAGAAUCUAUUUUGGGGGGUUGCUUACAGCUUUACUGAAGGAGAGUAUGAAGAAAGAUUGGAGCUGCUUAAAGCUUUUGAUCAAGGGGCUUAUGACGCUCUACUAGCAACAGAACCACCUAGAUGGUGUCGUGCAUUCUUUAGUGUGGAGUCGCAUUGUGCUGAUGUUCACAACAACUUAUCUGAGAGUUUUAAUAGGACUAUCAAGAUGGCAAGAUCGAAACCUGUCAUUAAUCUACUAGAGGACAUUCGUAGACAAGCCAUGAGAAGGGUUUCACGAAGGUUUCUGAAAGCUGAGAAGUGCGACACAGUGGUGACACCAAUUACAAUGACGGUGUUAGAGAAGGCUAGGAUUGCUAAGCAAUAUUGCUCGACAUUACGCAGCAGCAAAAGUGUGUACGAGGUUGAUGAGUUUGAGUGUGGUUAUAUGGUCAACUUGUCCACUCACCAGUGUGCUUGUCGGAAAUGGGACCUGACCGGGAUACCAUGUAAACAUGCGGUGUGUGUAAUGGAUGAUAAUGAAGAUGAUCCAACGAGGUAUGUAGCAGAAUAUUAUUACACAGAUGUAUUGAAGAAGACGUAUGAAGAUAAUAUAAAACCUGUGAAUGGAGAGAAGUUCUGGAAGAAGACAAAUAAGCCUGCAAUAGCGAUCCCUGAAUUCCGCAAGCCACGAGGACGCCCAAAGACAAGAGAUAGGAGAAAGGAACCAUUUGAAGAUCUACAAAAUCAAGGUAAAUCAACAAGACAUGGCAGAAUUCAACACUGCAGUCGAUGCAAGCAAGCAGGACACAUAAAAACUGGUUGCAAGAAUGAACCAGUGACUGAGGAAGGCCCGAAGAACCGACGUGGUCGACCUCGGAAGCAUCCAAUUCAGGUAAGAUAAUCAGUUUUACAUAUGUGUCUGCUUAUCUUGUGUUCUCGUAAAAAAAUUCCUUACACCUUUGUGUUCAGGAGCAUCUCAAGCCACCACCGAAGCCAAGAGGAAAAAGGAAAACUCCAUCAGUUGGAAGCAACUCGCAACCUGUACCAUCAAACGCAAUCGGUGAUUUUGAUGUAAGUUCCAGUGCUCCUCAACCUUCAUCUUCAACAAAUCAAGUGAAGCCCCAUGUGAAGAAGGCUCCAAGAGGACGACCUUUGAAGAUAAAAAAAUCUUCGAAAGUUCCACAUGGUGUUGGUGCUUUUUGGAGUCCGUACACUGAUCGCCCUUUUGAAGUGUUUGGGAGCAGGAUUUAUGAUCGGUCAAACCUUAACCCACUUCCUCAAGAAGGCCAAAGCAACCAGCCUCCUACAAAUGACUAAGGCAAUGUCUUAUGUUUUCAAGUUGUGUGAACAAGUUUAAAUCUCUAUUAUCUGCUUAAUCGGCUUUUGUUUCAUGUUUUGGAGUUGUUUAAAUCUUCAGUAACAGCUUAUGUUUGAUGUUUAUGUUUUGAACUUUGUAUUGUUAAAGACUAUUAUCUAUCUAUUUUCAUUUUCUUUUGCCAGAUUGUCAUAUCAAAUCAAAGAAACCACUUAACUCUUGAAUAGUCUUAAAACACACAAUAACAUAAGAUUCAAGUCUUACAAACCCACUAACAAUACAUAAAAGUCUUACAAAGCUAAACCAAACCGAGAAUUCCAUGAACAACAUCACCACCUCGACAUCACCACCUCGACAUCACCAUUAUCCCUCCAACAACCACACCAAAUCCAACAUAUGAAGCAACAAGAGCAUUACGAAGCAUAGAGCUCCUCUCACUUAGAAUCAACACUUCCCUUUUGAGAGCUUCACAUUCUUCACCUUUCUCCUUCAUUUCAUCUUCUAGUUCCCUUGAAAAUUCGUUGGAGCAUUCAUGAGUUAAUGAUCUUACCUUGGCCCUCAGAUUUGCAAUCUCUUCUUUCUGCUCCUGCAUUAUUUCUCUCGCCUCCUGUAAGGCAAGAUAUUGCCAUCCAUGUGGUUUCUCCACAUCAUACCAGCGAAAGAAGUUACAAGACUCAUGCCCAUUCCCAACUCCAAAACCUCUGCAACCAUAGAAUCUGCGACCUGGGUUUUCCCGAGUCCAAGCCCUCACAAUGGGAGCUUCACAUUUACAAUGGCAAAGAACACCAUUGUUGUUCCUCGAAGACGAAAUCACACUUUGAGAACAAGCACUUUGAAAAUUCACACUCUCAGACAUUGUUGAGCUCUCUCUGGAAAAAUCUCACUUUCAAUUUUUCUGUUAAGAACCCUAGAUCCCCAAUUCGAUUUUGGGAUUUUAUACCGUAAGAAGAGCAGCCAUUUAACACGUUUUUUUUAAUUAAAACGUCUGUUUACUGUUCUGUUAACGGAGUCUACUGUUCCGUUAUUCAUUCCGACGACGAAAAGACGGAGGCCAAGUCGAAGGUUUAUUAUGUUAGCAUAAAUAGGUUGAGGGUUUGAAGUGAGAGUUUUCGACCGUGGAAGUUUAAAGUGCUACCUUUUUACACCUUUGAGGUUAAAAAUGCGAUUUUCCCGAAAAGAAAACAAAUUUAUAUUUGAAGCGAUAGAAUUUGUGAGCUCUAAGGUGGUUAACAAGAUUCAAGAUGAAGUAAAGGUUUGGUUUCUCUCCCACGCUAAGGAUAGGAGAUAAUACUAUGGAAAUAUCUCAUUCCUCAAUGUGGUCCAAGCCUAAUCAUGGGUGGUUAAAAGGCAAUAUCUAUAUGAACUGGAAUAGGAAGAUGAUGGAUCCUAAAGACUUAAGAAACAAUUUACUUCAAUUUUCUUUUCAUAUCUAUUGAAUAAAACACUCGAUCACUUAAAUACACAAAAGAUGUCAAGUAAAUAAUUGCCAACUAAACAAAUAUGGAACAUGGUAAACAAGUGGAGAACGCACAAUGUCAUGACUCUUGUUAUGAUCUUAUCAAUACUCCACCCUCCAAAGAACCUUGUCCUCAAGGUUCUUGUCACGUAAUGGUGGUGGUUUACCAGAAACUGGUUCGUCUUGGCUGAGUUUCUUUGGUGUUGGGGUCAGUGGUUCAUGGCUUUGGAUUGGACGCGUCGGAUCAGAAUUGACAUGCCAAUGUGUUUUGUGAGCAACGUUCCAGAUCCAAAACUGUGCGAUUAGAGCUUCAUCAUGGGACACAUCAAUGGGUUCUUUGAAUAACUCAUUGUUUCUUGGUGAAGAAGCAAAGCAUGAACAGCCUUGAACCGCCAAGUCUUUAUCACCAUUGAUUUUGAUAGUUUCGGUAAUUUUCACCUGACAACUCAUGACUUGCCGCAGACGUUUGAAUUCAUUCAUCAUAACAUGCUUCAGUUUCUGCAACUCAUCAUGCACUGCAAGGAGGAGGUUGAUCUUCCCAUCUUCAAUGCUUCCACGGUUGUCAAGCUGUUCGUACGUGCACUACAAGGAUAACGUUUUUUUUUUUUUGAAUAGAAGGUUUGAUACCACAAAUUGUGGUCCGAAUCAGAGCAUGAGUUUUUGAUACCACAAAGUGGUCCGGAUCAAAAACAAAAAUGUGCUUUGAUGCUGAUUAAAGCUCCUCCUCAAAGCUAAGAAAGUUUGCUCUGAUACCAAAUGAUGGAUCCCAAAGACUUAAGAAACAAUUUACUUCAAUUUUCUUUUCAUAUUUAUUGAAUAAAACACCCGAUCACUUAAAUACACAAAAGAUGUCAAGUAAAUAACUGCAAACUAAACAAAUAUGAAACAUGGUAAACAAGUGGAGAACACACGAUGUCAUGACUCUUGUUAUGAUGUUAUCAGAAGAAUCAUAUAUUGGGAGGUGCUUAGGUUAUUCGGGAUCACCAUAGAGAGGUUAUUCUUCAUAGCAUGAAAUUAUUUGCCUUUGUUUCCAAGUUGAACGAAGCUAGGGUCAUCUGUUUCAAGUGAGUGAUUGAGAGUGCUGUUUCUCAACACUUGGAAGAAGUGAUUGUCAGUAUGAAAAAUUCUGUUAUGUGUGGCUUUUUGGAAAGACCAAAGGCGUAGUUCUCUUUCUUAUGUCAGCUCUCAACUCUCUUAACAAAUGGAAAGUCCUUUGGAAAUCUAAAGAGAUUAGUAAAGGUGUCUUUUUAUUUCUUCAAGUGCAAUUAGGACAUCUUUUGGUCACUUGUAUCUAGUGAUCGGAUAUUUUUUUUUAAUUCAUUUGUGUUUAGUGGUUGUGACGUAUAAAUGUCUUAUAUCCUCUGUAUGUUUAGAAGUUUACCACAAUAUAUUUUAUGGAAAAGUGAAAAAAUGAAAAAAAAAUAUACACUUUCACUAAAGCUCUAUUUUUUCUUGACAAUAUAUUCUCUCUUCUUUAUAUAAAAAAGCUCAAAAACAUAAAAAUAUAGAUAUAAUUUUUUUUUCUUUUUCUAACUUUUCAUUUUUCUUUCCUCUCUGUUACAAGUUACAACACGUUAGUCUACUAAUAUUACACUUAACAUUUACCAAUCAGAAAAAAAAACAUUUACCAAUCACACCCAAUGAGAAUUAGCCACAUGUCUAUUUAUAUUCUUAUUGUUUUCUACAAAUAUUAAAUUUAUCUUAUAGGGAAGAUUUUCCCCCUUAAAUAACUCCAUAAGUUGACCAAAAAGAGAUUUAGUUCCCUUAAUGCAGUUCUCAAAGAGAUUUAGUUCCCUUAAUGCAAUUCUCAUAAGUUGACCAAAAAGAGAUUUAGUUCUCUUAAUGCAAUUCUCAAAGUCAUAAGAAAAUAAUGAUACAAUUAAAAGUACAACCGAAGUAAUGGUGGAAACCAACUUUGUAUCUUGUCGACGUACAUUCAUCCUGAUUUUGAGUAAGCCAUUCAUUUUUAAUAUCCUUUGAAAUGAUGAUAUUUAAUUUAGCCAUAUUACCAAUUCUUGUAUUUUUUAAUUAUCUUAUGAGUCACCAUAAAUCGGAACUCCGACUUUUGCUUGAGUAAUUUGUUUGUAGAAUCUGUAGACACUUCUUUCUUUUUUGGCUUACAAUAUUUUAAUGCUUUUGUAAUCACUCUAUGAUGAUUUAGUGGCUGGAUGAUUCAGCAUGGUAUUAAGAUACUAGAAUUUGAUUUUUUUUUUUUCAUUGCAAUAUUUAAUAAUGGUUGGUGAAGAUGAAUGUUUUAAAUGACAGAGAUAUCCCAUAUUUAUUAGUUUAAAUUUCGGAUUGACAUCUCUUAUAACCAAAAAAAAAAAAAAGGUUAAUCAAUAGGAAAAAAGUAGAAAAUCGAAGUAAAUUACGGAAACUAAAAGUACAACCUUUUUUUGGUUGAAGUGAGUGGACGAGCCACAAAAGUGACGAGUAUAAUUGUAGACACUGAGAAAAGAAGGAGUGACGUAAAGGCUUUCUUCUUCUUCCCCACUUCCUUCCCCUUUUUUAGUCACUGGAAAAACUCUUUUAAGAUUUGUUUUAUUUACCCAUAAUAAAAUGCAUUACAGUUCGGUGUAGAAGCUAAAUGAAGGUCCAGUUUCUGUCAAAUAGUUCGGGAAUCGAAUCGGAGAUGGCUUUUUCUCAGCCUUUGUCUUCUUCGUCUCUCUCGAUGAUGAAUCGGAGCUUUGUAGCUAAGAGCUCGGUGACAGCAAGUCUUUCUCUCAACAAGUCUUUAAAGAUUCGAUUCCAUAAUCGUUGGAGCUUCAACGGAGGAUCAAGAAUCGUUCUUUUCCCCAGUGUAUCAUCCGAUUCGUCCUCCCUUGUUCACAAGAAACGCUCCUGCGUACGAGCUUCA